UGAGGGGUAGCAAAUUCUGGCGAACAUCGCUGUUCAAUGAGGGGCAAAUAGCAAAUUCUGGCGAACAUCGCUGUUCAAUGAGGGGUAGCAAAUUCCGGCAAACAUCGCUGUUCAAUGAGGGGUAGCAAAUUCUGGCGAACAUCGCUGUUCAUUGAGGGGUAGCAAAUUCUGGCGAACAUCGCUGUUCAAUGAGGUGUAACAAAUUCUUGGGAACAUUGCCAGCUACUUGAUAUUUUUAAACCAUACUCCUACAUGAGAAAUUCAUUUAGAAAGCUAUACUCACUCGCCAGUCUCCUUUGACGUCAGUGGACAUACAUUUAAUUUGAUUUUGUCAGUUGUCAUGUAUUUAUGUCAUGUGCAUCAUGCCAAAGUACAUUUGGUUUUGUUUACAAAUUUAAUGAUUUAAUGAUUUUUUGUAAGUUUAUAAUUACUAGCAUUUCCAAUUUGAUUGUUGUUGGAUCUUCAAAGAUUAGUUUGAAAUCGUUUUAACUUGGAAUGCGAAUAUGUCUUGGGUCGUCACAUACAUCACAGAUAAUCACCUCUGUCCUUCAAGACCACAUCCUCAGUCACUGGCAGAUGCUUACAAAUAUUGUAAAGUACAUGUAGCAUGUUUCAUCAUUUUGUCCAAUCAUUAUUUUUUAGAGGGCGAAGGCUGCGUGGUUGUAAAUCUAUUGAUUAUUCUGUAUGUUGGGGAUGAAGCUCCUUCAAAUCGUCGUCCUUGGCUGUCUCAGUGGUGUACUGUGCUACAGUACGGUUUGGAGGCACAUGAGAAAGUGUUAGGUUAUAAUUGACCUGCUGAUGACAACUGACAGUAUCAGAAGAGAAUCUCAAGAAGACAGCUGGCUCCUUCCUUAGACACAAUUUUAGAAAUGAGCUCCUUUCCCUGAACACAGCAGGGAAAUAACUAUCCUAACCCUCUUGCGUGAAACUAGCGUCAGUGUGCUGCUAACAGUGCUGUCUCUGUCCCCUUUCUGGGCUUGAACUACUGGUCCUCUGGUCGCAAACACACGUGACCGCCAAAACCAGUUGUGCUGUAGAAAAGGAUCCAGUUUGAAAGCACCAUUGGCGACAUUUCAAGAUAGCUGUGGAGUGAGUUUACGGCACAUUCUUAACUGUUACAUGAGGAAGCACAAUGUUACCCCUCAUUCAUCGAAGUCAAUUCUGUUUGUAUUGUAUUGUAAAGUAUUGCUAGUGGUAUUCAAAUGCUAUUCAAAUGGAAAAAAAGUUGUCAAGAGUGCAUAAAUAUUAGCAAGUUAGGGUUAGGGUUGAGUUUAUUACAUUGUUGUAUUGUCGUUUCUUUCCAAAGGGGUCUGAAGCAAACAAGAGCCCAAGAUGUCUGAUAUCAGUGACUAUAUUUGUCUGCCCUGUGUGAAUAAUAUUAACUUCACUACUAUAUUGGUGUUCAUCAAUGGAACAGCCUCCCAUUAGGGGCAAGUGGGGUAAGAUGGGAUAUUUUAUAUAUGCUCAAUGUGGGAAAAUAAAUAUAACAUUCACUCUAUGCUGUAUACUUCAUGAUCUUGGACAUCCAUGUAUACAGUAUCAAUAAAUUGCCUUUUUUAAUUAAUGGUUGGAAACUCAUCUUUACCUCUCCAGUGCCCCAUGUCCCAUUUUUAAAAAAUCAGAAAUGUAAACAUUUCUAGGAAAUUCUCACAUUAUUUGAUCAACUCUUUUAGGAAAAUAAUGGCAUCGAGUCACAAGCAUCAUCUGAAGAGCUUGAUGCUCCAGGUUGCUAAGGGCUUGCUAGAUGCAGAGGCCAUAGAGGCAGUGGAAGAUAUAUUUUUUUACAUGGAUGAGAACUGCGCUGCAUUGGACAUGCCUGGGUCAUUGGCAGAACUGCAGGAACUGUGCAAGACAAUUCAUCACCAGAUUGAUAAAGUGGAUGAGGAGAGAUAUGACCUGGCAGGCAAAGGAGGCAAGUGUGACAAAGAGAUUGAGGAUUUGAGGAUUAAAGUGAUUGAGUUCCAAGGCUUGUCUGCUGACUCCAUGCUCCAGGCACUGCUGGGCUCCAAGCACAAGGUGUCUAUGGAUUUCAGAGCCAACCUGAAAGAAGUGAAGAAGGAAGUCAAAGAGGAGGACAAAGAUGCAGUUGGUGACUGGCGUAAGAACAUUGAUGACAAGGCAGGCAUGGACGGCAGAAAGAAGAUGUUUGAGGCAGCAUAAUAUCUGUGGCACGACUCAGUCGCAUUUCACCUGCCUUUCUCGAUGUCCUAAUAAUAAGUCAGUUGUUGUCAGCCAUGGCUGUAUUUUGUAUUUAGAUGUUAGAUAUAUAAAGUAGUUUUGUGGUUAAGUCAGAUAUGGAUUUGUAUGACCAUGUUGUCGACUGAGAUCAUUUCCCUUUUCACAGCAACUUGAACAUAUUUUGAAGAACACUUGCUGUAUGAAGAAAUGUACUUAAGUAUAUAUGACUGAAUAUUAAAUAAAUAUUUGAACCUUUA